UGGCGCAACGCAAAUCACCCAAUAUUUGCUGGGUUUUCUAAAACCAUCGCAGAUGCCCCCAGAAAUAAGCAGUUGAUCAAUCUUGAAGCCACUACAAUGGCAGCAUCCUUAUUUACUACAACCGCAGCAACUGGGUUUUCUAAAAAUUCAUACCUAUCUUUUCCACCACCACCAUUCUUCCCAACCGAAGCCAAUAAUAUUUCUCCAUCGUUAGUUUCUUUUAAACAAAGAUGCAGAUGCAGAUCCAUCACCACCGUUAAAGCCGCCGCCUCCUCCGCCACCGGUGGACUCUAUUCCUCCAAAAAAUUCGAUCUCACAGCUGACAACGUCCACAUCGUUCUAGACGAUGUUCGCCCUUAUUUGAUCGCCGAUGGUGGAAACGUCGACGUUGUAUCUGUCGAGGACGGUGUCAUCUCUUUGAAAUUGCAAGGAGCAUGUGGGAGUUGUCCUAGCUCAACAACCACAAUGAAGAUGGGGAUCGAACGAGUGCUGAAGGAAAAAUUUGGAGAUGCAGUCAAGGAUAUUCGCCAAGUAGAUGAUGACCAAAAAAGUGAAACAACUAUUGAGGCAGUGAAUGGUCAUCUCGAUAUACUGAGACCAGCCAUUAAGAACUAUGGCGGGAGUGUGGAAGUACUAUCUGUUGAGGGCGAGGAUUGCCUUGUAAAGUAUGUGGGUCCUGACUCCAUUGGAUCAGGAAUCAAAGCAGCAAUCAAGGAGAAAUUCCCAGACAUUGUAAAUGUUGUGUUUACUGGCUAGGUAGAAUAGAACAGAAUGAAGUAUGUAGAUGUGCGUGUGUUUGCUUUUGUUUGCAUUUGUAAUAGAAUAGGAAGUUCAAAAAGUUCAAAUUCUGCUAUUCCAUUUGACAUUUCCUCCACUGAAUCAUGACAAUACUUGGCAAUGUCAAUUGUCAUCACCAUGAGAAUUCCAAAGGGUGUGGUAGACUAACAAGAUUAUCUCUAAUAAGACUGUCACUUUGUGUUUACUCUAGAGUCUAGGCGGUCACCAGGGAGCUGUUUACACUUGUAGACAAGAUUUUAAGAAAAUCUUGAUCUUAUAGAAUUUAAUUUGCUGGCGGUUUGAAAAGUGGGGUAGGUUAACAAGAUUAUCUGUGAGAAAACUGCAGAUUAAACUUUUGUAUCAAUUAGAAUCUAUUUAUUAAAAAAUGAUUGUACCAUAAUAUUGGUAUUUGCUUGAGGCACUGUACUUUAAUCAUCAUUUAUUGAUGACGGAAUGAAGUGUCUCACAUUUUUUUCUGAUAGCUAA